CACCCAGGAGGCAGACGAAGCAGCCCUCAACCACAGAACAUUUAGCUGCGGGCUGGAGCCAAGGAAAUUUGAGAAAUAUGUACACAGAGGUAGCACUGGAGACUGAGAGCUGGCCGAGACAAGAAGGGAAGGGUACUGCAUUGUAGCCAGUUGUCUGAAGAGGUGGUGACUCUGUGAACAGGAGAAUGAGUGGAAAUAAGCCCUGAAAAGAUGGGAGAUGGAGAGGAACAGGACAUGCAAAGGUCAAGGCCAGCGAGGUUGUAAAGGGGAGAAUCCAGUAGUUUGGAACUCAUGGAAAUAAUCUGCCACGAAGUUACAGAUUUGGCCACAACAUUUUGAAAGCCUGAGAGUGGUUGAAAUGCCUAUGAAAGAAUGUAAAAAAUAAAAGAAGAUGAUAAUAAGCAGAAAUCUCAAAACCCCAAACAUUCCAGAAAUAAUCUAUUUUCUCUUCUGUAAAAAUAACACACUUCUACCUUUCUUAAAAGACUUCUUGAGAAAGACUUCUUCUCCGUGUAAGCAGUGUUGUUUAGUGUUGGUUCUGAAAAACCAACUCAUCACCAGUUCUACGUAAAGCUUUGGAUGACUUCUGGGUGGCAUAUUUCUGUUGGAGAAAAAGUAAGUUUGUUGUAUAUAUUUAACAAUAAAUAGAAAUAGUGCAGAUAGUUUAGCAGAGUAAUUGCCACUGAUUUGCUGGCCACUCAGCUCAUUUUGGACGUCACCCUGUUGGCUCUGGAAAGAAGAGCUUUGUGCCUCCAGUUCUCAGGACAUGCUGUUUCCAGCCUUAUGGACACUCUGGUCACUCUUCUCUGUUCAGUCUAGUAAAUUACCACCAUGAGGAUUAGCUUCCUUCUCAGGAAUCUGCAUGAAAAGAGAGCUCUCCCACUUCUCCCUAAAGCAAAGGAAAACUUCCCGAUGUUACCAGAAAGAAAGAAAAGCUGCUUGGUCCGCCUCCCUGGCUGUUGCUACCUUGCCGGUUAUGACACACAGACAGAGGGAGGUCUGAGGAGGCGCCCAAGGCAGCCAGAGAGCAGCUCAGUCCCGUCCCCGUGGUAACCGGGAGCCCUGAGCCUGAGCGCAGGCUGCUCUGCCUACUUUCUCGCGUGGUUCUUUUGUGUCACUUUGACAAGGGCUGGUGAAUGAUCUCUCAGCGUGUGCCUGCCGAGGCCAGCUGCACAGGAGGAAGGAGCCACGCCGGCCGCUGGCAAAGGAGCCAACUCGGACCUCACAGGGCUGGAACUGGCUGCACCCUUGCAAGCAGUUUCCCAAGUCAGCAAAAACAGCAAUCAAAUUACUGUCUCACUGUGCUGCCAGGAGCUCAAGGAGAAGGGUCUGUUCCCCGGGCUCACUGCCCAUGUGAGAUGGGGCGAGUCACAGAAUAGCCAAGCGUGCCGGCUUCACAGAGCUUGGGGACAAGCGUAAGUUUUCAUGCUACUGUAUUUUACUGCUGUGUGAUUUUCUUUUCCUUGUUCUUUCUGGUCUGUAAUCAUGCUUGGCCAAAAUGGAUUCAUUUCCAUGAGAAAUUCUGGAGUGGAAAGUUACCUACUAAUCUUCAGGACUUUUUCUUUUUCCUUGUGUUUACUAAGCAUCAUAAUACAAGCUGAAAUUCCUGAUAGCAAUUGCUGUAGCAUCUCAGACUAAGACUGAGAACUGUAACCUGAAGUGUGCCCAGUUACCAGAGGGUUAACACCGGCAUAUUUUUAAUUGACUGUCUUCAUGUCAUCUGUAUGUGUCCCCAGUGGUCUGGAUUGCAUGCUGUUUUAACACUGUGGUCAACUUUUGUGAUCAGCAUCUCUAACUGAGGGAGACAGAGCCAAGCAAGAGUGCUAGUUAGUUACAAAACUUUUAUUCUUUGGCCAGGAUCACAUUUGUGUUCCUAAAUUCUCAGAACUUUGCACCUGCUGUGCUAAAAGUCCAUUCUGGUUGCUUUUUUGGGAGGAGGGGAGAAACCUUGCUUUGCUGAAAAAAAAAAUUACAACUCAACAAUGGACUGUGGUGAAAUUGUGGAAGGAGGAAAUGUAAAGAGCCCUCACAGUUCUCUAACUAUUGUUAUCAUAAUGGGAGAGAAAAAACCAGCCAAAGGAGCCCCCCACACACACCAGCUUCCGCACAGUGGAGCACGGGGACGCAAAGAUGAACGGUGAACAGAGGCUGCCACUUGUGAGCCUUUCAACACUUCGUCUGUUACAAGUUCCGGCAUAGACAUGGAUGUUCUUUGUGAAGAAAAUACUUCUUUGAGCUCAACUCCAAACUCCUUAAUGCAAUUCAAUGAUGACACAAGGCUCCCCAGUGCCUUCCAUUCAGGAGAAGCGAAUGUGUCUGAUGCACUGAACUGGACCAUAGACUCUGAAAAUCGAACCAACCUUUCCUGUGAAGGGUGCCUCCCCGCAACAUGUUUCUCCUUACUUCAUCUCCAGGAAAAAAACUGGUCUGCUUUACUGACAACUGUAGUGAUUAUUCUCACCAUUGCUGGAAACAUACUCGUCAUCAUGGCAGUGUCCCUAGAGAAAAAGCUGCAGAACGCCACCAACUAUUUCCUGAUGUCCCUUGCCAUAGCUGAUAUGCUGCUGGGUUUCCUGGUCAUGCCUGUGUCCAUGUUAACCAUCCUGUAUGGGUACCGGUGGCCUCUGCCUAGCAAGCUCUGCGCAAUCUGGAUUUACCUGGACGUGCUGUUCUCCACGGCCUCCAUCAUGCACCUGUGUGCCAUUUCACUGGACCGCUAUGUUGCCAUCCAGAACCCCAUCCACCAUAGCCGCUUCAACUCUAGAACAAAGGCAUUUCUGAAAAUCAUUGCUGUUUGGACCAUAUCUGUAGGUAUAUCCAUGCCCGUUCCAGUCUUUGGGCUGCAGGAUGAUUCCAAGGUCUUUAAGGAGGGGAGUUGCCUACUUGCUGAUGAUAACUUUGUACUGAUUGGUUCUUUCGUGGCAUUUUUCAUUCCCUUAACCAUCAUGGUGAUCACCUACUUUUUAACUAUCAAGUCACUUCAGAAAGAAGCUACUCUGUGUGUGAGCGAUCCUGGCACACGGGCCAAAUUAUCUUCUUUCAGCUUCCUGCCUCAGAGUUCCCUGUCUUCAGAAAAGCUCUUCCAAAGGUCAAUCCACAGGGAAACUGGAUCCUAUGCCGGCAGGAGGACUAUGCAGUCCAUCAGCAAUGAGCAGAAAGCUUGCAAGGUGCUGGGCAUCGUCUUCUUCUUGUUUGUGGUGAUGUGGUGCCCAUUCUUCGUCACGAACAUCAUGGCUGUCAUCUGCAAAGAGUCCUGUAAUGAAGACGUCAUCGGAGCCCUGCUCAAUGUGUUUGUUUGGAUCGGGUACCUCUCCUCAGCAGUCAAUCCCCUCGUCUAUACACUGUUCAAUAAAACCUACAGGUCAGCCUUUGCACGGUAUAUUCAAUGUCAGUACAAGGAAAACAAAAAGCCCUUGCAGCUGAUUUUGGUGAACACUAUACCGGCUUUGGCUUACAAGUCCAGUCAGCUCCAAAUGGGACAAAAAAAGAAUUCUAAGAAAGAUACCGAGACCACAGAUAAUGACUGCUCUAUGGUAUCUCUAGGAGAGCAACACUCAGAAGAUGUGUGUACAGACAAUAUCCACACCACGAAUGAAACGGUUAGCUGUGUGUGAGGGACUGGUUGCCAUGACAACUGUGGAGGGCACACCAAAGUAGAGUUCAUCAAUCUGGGGGAAGAAAAAAUAAGGGAUUGGAAAAAAUUAACAGAACUGAAAAUAAUGUUUCUGUGGUUCAGUGUAUUCUGUCAGUGGAAACAGGGCUAAAUGCCACAAGACAUGCACUUCAAAAUGUUCUGACCACGUUUCAGAUGUGAGCUUCGUGGUAUUUUUAAUGUUCUAAAUGAUGUCUUUAGAAACUUUAGCUUUUAUUGUGCAAUGAUUAUGAGGCCCUAAAUAAAUCUAAUCUAACUCUAUUAUCAAAUGGAAAUCUUGCUGUUUCUGUUGAAGGCAUGGGAUUGUGUUGCUUACCUAAUGCUGUAAAUAAAAAUAACUGUAAAUAAUGAAAUUUUUAUUUAAUAUAAUGGCCUCUUAAAUAAAGGCCAAUGCUCUUUAAAAUUUGCAAUGACAUAUAUUUUGAAAAAAAGAUAGUAAAGAUAAUACUAUGAAAUGUGUAUUGCUAAGAUAAUCAAAUUAAAUAUUCAACAGCACUUUCAUUCUUGCUUUUUUCAUAGAUGCCAUUUUUAAAUAUUUAUGAGGUUGCUGGAGGUUACUGCAUUUCAAGUUAAUUAUCAGGAGUGGAAAAGAUUUUAAAUAUUUUGAAAACCAAUUGCUGCUUUCUCUUCACAGUAUAUUCAGUGUCUGUACAAGAAAAACAAAAACCUUUGCAGUUAACUUUAGUGCACACUAUUACAUCUUACAAGUCUAGUCAACUCUAAAUAGGACAGAAAAAGAAUUCUAAGAAAGAUGCCAACUACUGUACGGCAUCUCUAGGAAAACAAACUUGUGCUUUACUCUCAAUUUCCAAUGUGGUCUUGUUAAUAUUUGUUCUUCUAUGUAAACUAGCAAAAGGAUAAUUUAACAUUGCCAAAUACAUGUCUAGAGAUUGCUUCUUUUAAACAGUAGCAGAGAGGUAUCUGUAACUCGCUGUAAAAGUUACUGUAUGGAGCAUAAGCUCCUUUGAAUGGUAAAGAGUAUGUUAAUGUAACUGCAUCAGGGUUGAAAAAUAAACUCAGGUUCUGGCUACUAACAGUAUGAACUCUUAGGAAAUUUCUGUGCAAAGUAGGUGACUUUCCUAUUGACACUCAUCGCGUCAACUGAAGUCUUUAUAUCAAUAUAUUUAUAUUUUUUAUUGAAAUGAUUUAGCUUAGCUCCAUAAUCAUCUACUGAGUAUAUAUUUAUGAGUGGGGCAACUUUCUAGGUACUAGGGAUAUAAAAGUAAUCAUAGUAAGAUCUUUGCCGUUAAAGAAAAUGACUAAACUGAAAUGGAUUUUCUCAAAAAAAAAAAUAUAUAUAUAUAUAUAAAGAGACUUAUUUUGAAAGUCAAUUCAAUGUAUAUCCUUGUUCAGACACAGGUUUGUUUUGGCUCUGAAGGUAGUUUCUUUAGCAAGGUUUCCUGAUUGGUUACCAACAAAUGCCAAGCAAGCAAGAAAGAGGGUAAAUAUCUCUGGACAGCAAAUAUUUUCCAAUUAAUCUGCUCCUCAACCUGGAUCUGUUAUAACUAUGAAAGUUUUGAACAAGAUUUUUGUUUCAUUCCUCUAAAAAUGCACUUAUUUUAGUAUUUUUGACACUGGAUUCCCUAAUUUAAAGAAGCAGAUAAAUUUUAUAGGAAUUGUUACUAAAGAGAGAAAAAGAUAAAAAGUAGUUAAUCUACCUUAACCUUGUAAUAUUUAAGGUUAAAUUGCACAGUUUUACUGGACUCGAUAUUAGCUAUAUGAUUACAACGCUGAUGCGUGUCUGUUGGGUAUGAAGUAGUUUUUACCUUAAGCCUUUGGAAAAAAAUGCAGAUUUGAAAAUUAAACAAAGUGGAAACCAUCAUUAUGCAAUUUGGAAAUGUAAUGGGGCUGACUUAAUUAUGCCCUUAUGCAUAUAGUUUGAAAGAUGGUUCACUAUUUCACAGCUAGAAUCUUUAAUAUGCUACUAAUACCAAAGUUCCAUUUCAGCUGAACUACUCUUGAUGACAAUAUCAUUCAAGAUGAUGAAAAUAUAAAUAUUAAAAAGUCUCUGCUCUAAUGUAUUUUGCCUUAGUUUAUAACUUUGCACAUUUCAUUAUACUUCAAGAAAAGAUCACAGAUUCUACCCCCAUAGAUUCAGUCUGAAUCAGAGUGAAAGUAAAUAUUGCCUGACAAAUGUCUUCUUAUUAAACAUAUACUACAAGUGUGACUGUGGUUUUUUUGUUCCAUAAGUAUUUACUUAAGUGUAUAUACAUAAGUGCAUAGCUGUAUAUAUGUACAGACAGGUUUCCAUGCACUUUGUUCAGUAUUUAUAUAUUUAUAUGGAAGAAGAGCAAGCCAGUGAAACGUUCACUAUGUACACGUGUGCAUGUUUAUAUCAUGUUGGCUAAAUGUGAAUUCAUGUUCUAAUAUUCCUAUGACCUUCCAUUAAAGGAGGUUAAAGUGUAACAAUUUUAUUCUUUAAAUAAACUGGAAUUUGCUCUAAUUUUGUGGAAAAGCUUUAGUACAAUUCUAUAAAGAUGAUAAAAACAAUAGUCCAGAUAUAGAGACUGAUUUUUGAGCCCUUUGCUUAGUCUGGGGAACUUCUUGACUAUAAUGGCUUUUUAAGUAAACGCCUCACCCGAGUGGAAUAGUCCACAAUAAAGGACUCACUCCUAACCAACUUUCAGUUGAUCAGUAGAUUCAUCUACACCUAAGAAAGAAAUUAAAUGCAGUAGUUAAGGAAAAUUUCAGUUUAAAGUACACAUAAUCUACUUGGCUACAGCGCCACCUCCUGGUCAUUUUUAAAGUGUCACGAUAGCCAAGUUGAACUAAAAUCAUACUGCUUUUAGCAAAGGGUGCUUUUCCCAUUUGUGCAUCAUUGAAGCGUUUAUACAGUGUUAAAUUAUUCUGUGGCAUAUGUAACAAAUACAGUGAAAAUUAUUUUAUGUACUGAUUUUAAUCAAGAUUCUAAAAUAUUUCAAGAAUGAACAACUAAUUGUAAAUAAAGUACACUCAAAAAAAAUGCAA